CUUGCGGCAAGUGUCAUCGCCAAGUCACAGCUGUUCAGGAAUUAAGUUUUGAAACAAUUUCUUCGUAAUUUAGUCUUUAAAAGAGAAGUUUAAAAGUUUUAAAGUUAUAAAUAAGCAUAUUUAAGAUGCCCAAGGUGCGCCGCAGUCGGAAACCUCCACCAGAUGGCUGGGAACUGAUCGAACCGACACUCGAGGAACUGGAGCAAAAAAUGCGCGAGGCCGAAACGGAACCGCACGAGGGCAAACGUAUUACGGAAUCAUUGUGGCCCAUUUUCAAGAUCCACCACCAGAAGACGCGAUACAUAUACGAUCUUUUCUAUCGCCGGAAGGCCAUUAGCCGGGAACUGUACGACUAUUGUCUAAAGGAGAAGAUCGCCGAUGGCAAUCUAAUAGCCAAGUGGAAGAAAUCAGGAUACGAGAACCUCUGCUGCCUGCGCUGCAUCCAAACAAGGGACACCAAUUUCGGGACGAACUGCAUCUGCCGCGUGCCCAAGUCCAAGCUGGAGGAGGGUCGCAUCGUCGAGUGCGUCCACUGCGGAUGUCGUGGCUGUUCCGGAUAGAUCCCACAUAGAUCCAUUAUAUCUGAUCUAUUCAACCACACACAACGUAGCUUCGUAGGUACCAUUUUAGAUUCAGCGUGGUUUCUCCAUAGUAUGUAAAUACCUUUUAAUUCAAGCCAGAAAUAUAUUUAAAUGUAAGCUCAACUUUUGUAAAGCCGCUGUAAUAAAAUGACUUUUGUAAACGA